AUAACGCGAAAAGUGAUCCAAAUGGAACAGAGGGGAACAUGGAGGAACAGAAACUUGAGGUGUCUGAAGAAACAAGUUCAUCUGGUGAUAUCAGAAAUAAAAUAUUGGUGACAGCGGAUACAUGA